GGACGCUCAUGCGGAGGCAGGGCGUGGCGGGGAGCAGGUCUCGGCUGUGGGUGGAGACACAUCCCAGCAUCUAAAGCUUCACACGGUGUUUCUCGGCCGGCACUGAAGCAGCGAGCGGCUACACACCUGAUCCGGACAGCGUCCACAAAGCAGCAACAUGUCUGAAACAGCCGAAGCUCUGGCGGCCAACCUGAAGACCCGAAGGAAUGUGUCCAUCGAGAUCACCAACCACACCUCCAACUUCUGUCUGAUCGACCCCAAGAUCUUCCUGGAGAGUGGACACUGUCACAGCCCACCGCAGCCCACCGUGCGCCCGCUCAGGACCGAGGUCUGCUCCUUCACCAAGAACACCGGCAAGGCCGAGGGCGCGGUGGGGGUCCUGAGCUACAGCGUGUUCGGUAAGGGCAUCCCCGGCCCCAACCCCAAGGACCGGAUCGCCAUCAUGUUCUCCGUGCCGUAUGACCGAAACAUGUACAAAAACUGGGCCGCCGUCGGCAUCUACGAGGUGUCGAGGGAUGUCGACGAGGUCUUGUACAAGGAGAUGUAUUUCAACAAAGAGCAGGUGGCCUUCGAGCGGCAGGAGGCCAAGGGCUCCGUGCUGGUCUUCAAGGGCACAUACCUGGACCUCAUGGUCACCAUGUCGCCCCUGGGCAGGUGCAUGAUGAAGGUGGAGGUGUGGGAGAAGAUGUUCAACCCCCCCACAGGGCAAAGCCCGUACUGACCGGGUCGGCAGGGGCUUCUUUUGUUUUUCUUUUUUUGCAGCAGUGUUGGAUAAGUUUGUCCCUGAGACACACGCAGAUACAAUAAAUCCAGUCUGACACGAGAAACCAUGA